GCCUCGGAUCUCCUAUUCCUACAGAUUUUUUCGCCCAUAGGAAAGUCCGCUCUGAUAGUUAACAUCUAUAAUGCCCCAGCAGGCUCUAUCAGAGCAGGCGAAGCCGCGAAAGCUCUUACAAUCCUGCCAGAGGCAUAUUUCCCUCAAGCAAUGAUACUCGCAGGCAAUCUCAACCUACUACACAACAGAUGGCAGCCCUCACUACAUCGCAGCCCCACACCUUCUGCAGAGCCAUUUAUUAACUGGCUGGACCUCCAGGGUCUAGUACUUAUCUCUGACAUAGACUGUCCCACACAUGAAAGGGGUAACAUGUUAGACCUCAGUUUCGCCUCAAGCCCUCUGGCACUCGCGGGAGCUAAAACUAGCAUAGCGAGCCACUUAGAUGCUAUCUCUGAUCAUCAACCACUAAUCACCACU